CAGAUUGUCCUGCUUUAAAGCAGAACCAGUUCUUAAGAUGUCAAGUACUAUGACCUCCUGGAGUAUCAUCUCGGCAAGAAACAUUAUCUCCACUUUGCAUGGAAAAGGACAUUUGUAUUCCAGGUGCUUUUCAAGCCAGAAGAAAGUAGCAUGGAGGGGUUUGCUUGCCAAAGACUCCUUUUCUUCUUUCCUGUCAAGUUGCGGUUGUGGCAUGGACAGCAUCUUCACUGUGAGAAAAGCUUUCAGACACACCUCCACAGAAGAAGAAGACUUCUCCUUCCACCUGACACCAUCACAGAUAAAUGAAAUCUUAAGGGCUAAUGAGUUGUCCUAUACAGUACCUGAAUUUGAUGGGAAGAACCCGAGCUCAGUGUUGAAAUUUGAGAGUAACCACUUGGCUGCCAACGCCCCGAGUGAAGACCGUAGAAGUGCAGCUACAUGUUUGCAGACCAGAGGGAUGAUGUUUGGAGUCUUUGAUGGCCAUGCAGGCUAUGCUUGUGCACAGUCGGUCAGCGAGAGGCUGUUUUUUUACAUUGCUGUUUCUCUUCUGUCUCAACAAACGCUGCAAGAAAUCGAGUCUGCCAUGGAGUCCAUGAAACCAGUUCUGCCUAUUCUGCAGUGGCACAAGCACCCCAACGACAGGUUCUUUCAUGAGGUCGCCCCAAUGUAUUUGGAGCAGCUCAGAGUUUAUUGGCAAGACUUGCUGAACCUGGACAUGGAGCCAUGCCAUACGAAGAAGGAUGCACUGAUCUAUGCAUUUAAAAGGCUGGAUUCAGAUUUCUCUUUGGAAGUCCAGGCUCCCACAGAAAACGAAUUGGUAAGGAACAUAGCCCUUCAGGUGGCUUUCUCGGGCGCAACAGCAUGUGUGGCUCACAUCGACAGUGUUAAUUUGCAUGUUGCAAAUACUGGUGACUGUAGAGCAAUUCUAGGGGUUCAAAAUAAAGAUGGGAUGUGGUCCGCCCUCCCGCUUACUCAAGACCACAAUGCCUUCAACAAAUUGGAAGCUUUAAGGUUAAAAAGUGAACACCCGGCCUCUGAAGAGGACACUGUCAUUGUGAACAACAGGUUGCUGGGAGUUCUUAUGCCCUCCAGAGCUUUCGGAGAUGUCAGAUUUAAGUGGAGCCAGGAACUUCAGCAGAGUGUGCUAGGAAAUGGUUGCAACACGGAGGCUUUAAACAUUUAUGAGUAUGCACCUCCAAACUAUCAUACACCUCCUUAUUUAACUGCAGAACCUGAAGUCACGUACCACAAAAUAAGAAAGCAGGAUAAAUUUUUAGUGAUUGCUUCGGAUGGGCUGUGGGACAUGUUGAGUAAUGAAGAGGUGGUCAAGCUUGUUGCCACGCAUCUGCUUGGAGACAAUGCCCAGAAAACGCCACUUUCUUUUAAGAAACCAGCCAACCUAGGUUACAUGCAAAACUUCCUUCUUCAGAGGAAGGGCAGGCACAUCCGCUCCUACGACCACAACGUGGCUACCCACCUCAUCCGAAAUGCCAUUGGCAAUAAUGAAUAUGGAGAGAUUGAUCCAGAGAGGCUCAUGGCAAUGCUGACUCUUCCUGAUGAUGUAGCACGGUUGUAUAGGGAUGACAUCACGGUUACUGUGAUAUAUUUUAAUUCAGAUAUAAUUGAAGGUUACUACAGAGAUAACGAAUAAUGGACUUGUCUUUAUGAACCGUACAUGUUCUGUGGACCACUAGGGAUAUUUAAAAAAAAAUAUUAAAUCCCUAGCAAUACCACUGUGCAGAAACUCCCCCUGUCUUGUCUUCAGAAGUCUUAUAGUGGUUCUUUUAAUGAAGAAUUCAUGUGAAAAUUCUAAUAGCCUGCUUUGAUUAAAACAGCUGCCCCCAACUAUCUAGACGUUUUGGGACUGCCAACUUCUAUCAUCCCCAGCUGGUAAAGACCUGCUGGAUGGGGCUGAUGUGAAUUAUAGUCCAGAACAUCUGGAGGGUCCUAGGGGGGCGCAGCUGUGGUAAAGCAAUGCAAAAUUAUUUAUUUUAGUAGAACAAAGAUUGUAAGACAUCCUGGGCGGAAAGGGCAUCCUUGUGCCAAGGUGGAUGAGAGUGAAAUAUGCUGCUUGUUAAUCAAAGCCAUAAACUCAAGUGGCCAGAUAUCAUUGCCAUUGAAAUUCAUGGCAAAUUUCUCGGUGAACUGAGAGCACUUACACUGAACAAUAUUAGAAAAAUAUGCUAGAAUGGUGGACAGCACUUUUCCUUUGAAGGCUAAGUUGCAAGAUAGCCAUGAUAGCCAUGAAUGCAAAUACUGUAUGGCAGGUGAGGAGGGGCUUGGUCUAGGUGUGCCCCCAGGACUGACUGUUUCCAUGGGAAAGUCUGCUAGGAACUAUUCUGGUACAAGAUUUUUUGAAAUGCAUAGUAGCUGAACAAAAGGGGCACAUAUUAGAAAACUCUCUUAGGAAAUAAUGCAUAAUAUUUCACUAAGACUCACUUCCAAACCAGCAUGAUAAAUCCUUUGCAUUUAUUCCUGUAGGGAACAUUUGUUUCACAAAGCAGUGUAGCCAUUUAAAAUAAAACGUCAGUUUGAUUGGCUCUCCUACUCAGCUUCCUGCAGUGCCCUAUUUAAAAUAUGAAAACUAGCUUUCUUCUUAUUCUGACUGUGAGAUUGUUUAUGCACUAGACUAAUUGCUGCUUGAACGCAUUUAUACUGCACUACAGGGAUUCAAAUCUCUUGCUGACUGCUUCUGCUGCCAUAGUACCAAUUGUAUCUGUGCCUCAGAGCUUCUCAAGCCUAUGGAAAUGUUAUCCUUUUUAAAAUACCUCAGAAGCAAUUACUACUUUUAGUUAUGUUGCACCCUUGCAAAGCAUAUGGCUGAAUACUUUUAGUUUUCAGAAAGUAUCCUUUCUAAUACCUUUUAACGUGUCUGGGCAUCUGGAUCUGCUAUCAGUGCAACUCAUGUCUUUUGAAAUAAAUCAUUACCAGUGGAAGCUAACUAUUUUUGGCUUGGUGGGGAACGUAUUAUUUUAAUAGCUUAAAAAUUAUACAAUGAUCUUUUUUGUUUUCAUUUUAAGAAAAGAUGGCUGAAGUUUUGUUUGUAGGCUAUAUGGAAAUGCAGUCUUGAAUCUGCAUACAGUGCUAGUUGUUUUAUGCAUAUUGAAUCUUUGUGAAGAAUGUUUCCUAAAGAGCCUUUAUUUAGUGUUCUUAUAGUUUGAAUCCUGCUUUCAGAUAAGACCUUACCUAACCAACUGCUCACUUGAAAUCCAAUUCAUAGUUAACAAUUGCAUCCUUCAUUCAAAACCAUCAGAUAAAGGCACAUUUAAUACACUUCAGUCUAUCGCUUAAAGAAUACAAUGGCUUUGUACUAGGCGAUGAACAAUCACACAGGUGGAAUUUUCCACUCUGUGAGUCAAAAUUGGGACUUGUUUGGAGACCACAUCUGACAGUACAAAUUAAAUGUCAUGCUCUGUACAAAGAAAUGUGGGCAGGUUGGGUGAAUGGCAUGAGCUACAAUUCAUGACUUAGUUUUGAUGUGGAUUAGAAAUAAGUUUUGUCUCUUUCCAAGAGAUAUAACUUGAGGCCUGCAGGAAUGCCUUAACUGAAAGCAGAAGAAAGUGAGUAAGAGGAGAACUCGGAAGGAAGGAAGUGGGUGUCAUUCACAACAUGUAUUCAUUUCUGUAGAAUUUUAACACUUUUAUUUUGGAAUCAAUUUCUAAAAAGUAUAUUAUAAUUCAAAAGUUUGCUUUUUCUGCCAGCACUUUAAAACCAAACUACUGUGCCUGGUUUUGCACACAGACAGGACUUAAAUCAUAAAAUAUUGCUGGAUCUGAUUGCAUGUCUAGGCAUUACUUAGCAACGGACCUGAAUAUUGUGUAAGAUCUCCAUCAAAUGUGAGGAGUGAUAUCCUUUUAGUAGAUGCAGAUUCUAGCUUCAAGUACAAUCUCUAAUACCUGAGUAGAAGGGUUUUCUUAUCAUUUUAGUCAAUUGUGCAUAAGUAAGAUUGCUACAAAUGAGGCUCUUCCAUGUCAGCUUCAAAAGAAAUAGUGUGUGUUGUUUAAACACACUAACCUUUUAAAAAAUGUUUACGAAGAUUGUGUUGAAUUGUGCUUGUUAACUGGCAAUUACUGUUUAAGAGACCACAUUUGUGGGUUUUUCCUGUAAAAACAGACUUAGCAUGUAUUUAUAACUGCUGUAUGCCUGCUGUAAUUUAGAGUGUGAAAAUUAAUAUUUAGAAAGUGUUUAACAAAUAUGCACAUUAUGCAGUUGGCUGCACAUUCUACUCUUUCUGUAGCUGCAGCAAUACAGUUGUUUGCCAUUAACUACUGUGCUUCUGAGGCAACUUGCGAAUUUCCUCAGGCUGCUGUUACUUUUCAGGAGCAUGUGACUUAUAGCUUUCCCAAGUGUCAAUAUGACACUUCAUUCCAUGCUUUUGUUUCUGAUCUAAACACAACUCCUUGCUGGCUUACCCUCCUGGUGUAUCUGACCCAUUGAAUCAGUUCAAAGCACCUCUGCUAAAUAAAUGUAUGUUUCUGUUCCAUCAAUUUGGAUCAUGUCCAGUC